AUGGACAUCGGCGACAACGAUCGGGUUAUGCUGAAUCGUCAAUAUAAUGGGACAGACGCUGAUUCCAUGAGAGAGCUAGAAUCGCAUCUUUCCGCCCCGCAUCCCGAUUCGGAGGAUCGCCGUCGCUGUCGCAUUAUCUGCGCACAACACAUCACUUGCCUAAGCAUGGAGGCGUUAGGGACUGGGCUUUCUUUAGACCCUAAUGUCUUCAGUAACCAUAUCGGGACGUCAUUCAAGGACAUUGAAAAGAGCACGGGAAUUUAUAAGCUCUGCAACACAAAGAUCGAUCAGAUCCCUUCAUCUGUCGGCACAUUCGAGAACGAGAAAAACCUACAAAUCCUCAAAAGACACCUAGGGCGACUUUCUAUUGCCAACGUCGAGCAUGCGAAAGACCUCACGAUUCGAGACUCGGUUGCCAAGUCCAUCUACCAUGAUCAAGAUCGUCCUAUCACGUUUUCUGUCGAUGUGCCGCGAACGAUAUAUGUGCAAGGGGAACGAUAUUCGCAAAACGGCCUAGACGUUCUACAGCAUGUUACUAUUCAUGUCGUAAACGACAGCCUCAACCCCGAAUUUCAACAAGGUAUGGAUAAAUGGCUCCGUCUGCACAACGUCUUGGUUUUAUUCCCACCCUAUCCAGACCUUGAUGGAAACGAUGCAUAUGGAGACAGUGCAGGCAACGAUCCUCAUGUCUUUCUUGAUCCCCUGAGGAAGCAGGAAAGUACGAAGUCAUUCGACGAAUUCUGUCUAAAUCGGGACCAAAGGGACGGUGAACCCACUGAAAAAUCUACAUCUCGACGGACUACGCCUCAAGACGUAGAAAUCUUCGCUAAUGAUGUUCUUGUGAAUCAAGCUGAUACACCCAAGGGGACGACAGGGAUUGUCGGCCUUAUACGAUCAUAUGCUCUGAAUGCAUGGUUCGAUCGCCUACAGACACUGAAAGACCAGCUUGAAGAUCUCAGUCUACAAAGACUAUCCCGUCAAGGCACACAGUACGAGGAAGACCUACAAGAUUCGGAUGAGGAAAACCACACAGUUGAUGGACUACUUGAUGAAGAAGGGAUGAAAAGUGCUAUUCUUCGCUACAUCUCGUCUCUGGACGGUGAAUGCCGGCGGUUGAAACUCGAUUUGCGUUUGGCAAAAACAGGAUCAUCCACAAAUGACUUCGAAAUGUUAGAUCAGACGAUGGAGAAGUACACUUACAUACGAGCGGAGAUGGGUAAUCUUCUCGCUGAAACCCAACAUCUACUUGAUAUGAAGAACAGCAAGAUACAACAAGGCUUGAUGACUCUUCAGAUUAAAGAAAGCAGAGAGUUCAUUGAACAGGCAACAACAAUGAAGAGGUAUGCUAUCAGGCUACCUUGA